CCGGCUCGUCGCGAGCUAAAGUCAACGGCAGCAAAAAGUCGCGCGAGAUUCCUUUAGUCUUUCUUGUCAGAGAUAUUACACCGUUUAAAAAGUCAGUCUUCCAGGAAAGACGGUUCAUUUUGUCCAUUUAUCGACGUAACAAGCGGUGAGCAAGUUUAUUUGGUAGAUUUCCGCUGGCUAGCCUUGCAGUGCUGUGAUGUCGGUUAAGAAAUGGGAAGAGAAAAGGACGCAAAAGGAGACGCAAAAGCCAAGCGCAAAGCGGUGAAACUGAAGAACCUGAGCGACUGUGAAAGUGCAGGUGCAGGAGGAGAACUUAUUAAGAACAGCAUAAAACCAACUAAAUCUGCAGACAAGACCGAUCAUGGAAAGUCUCAAAAGAAGGUUAAGAUGCCUAAGAUGGAAAACCUGGAGCCAGUCAGCAGUUCCAGUGACUUUGUGAAACAAGAGCCAGAGGAUGAUGAAUUCACUGCAAAGAAGAAAGGGCUGAAAAGAAAGAGAAUUAAGGAUGAGCUGACGGAAGAAACUUCACUUUCCUCUGCUUCACCUGUCUUAAAGAAAAGAAAUAAUCACUGUGGUGAUGAGGAAAAAAGUGAAGGUGAAUCUCAGAUGAAGAAAUCAAAAAAGAGGACAGAAAAGACUGUAAAGAAAGAAGAAGGAGAGCAUCCAGUCUCCAAAAAAGCCAAGAGGACAAAGGAAGAGAUUGAGGAAGCAAGACUGCUGAAGAUAAAAAAGAAGGAGGAGGAGGAGCAGAAUCGCUGGAGAUGGUGGGAAGAAGAGAAGUACGAAGAUGGGGUGAAAUGGAAAUACCUGGAACACAAAGGACCGUACUUUCCUCCAGAGUACCAGCCUCUACCCGACGAUGUUCACUUCUACUAUGACGGUAAAAAGGUGAAGCUGAGUCUGGCAGCAGAGGAGGUGGCGCUUUUCUUUGCCCAGAUGUUGGACCACGAGUACACCACAAAGAAGGUGUUUCGAGAGAACUUUUUUAAAGACUGGAGGAAGGAAAUGACCCCAGAGGAGAGAUCACUGAUUAAAAACCUUGACAAGUGUGACUUUGGAGAAAUCCAUGCCAUGCAUAAAACCAAGGUGGAGGCCAGGAAAAACAUGACCAAAGGGGAGAGACUGGCUUUGAAAGAGGCCAACCAGAAGAUAGUUGAUGAGUACGGCUUCUGUCUGCUGGAUCACCACAAAGAGCGUAUUGGCAACUUUAAGAUUGAGCCUCCAGGUCUGUUCCGAGGGAGAGGGGAGCAUCCUAAACAGGGAAUGUUGAAGAAAAGGAUUCAACCUGAGGAUGUUAUCAUCAACUGCAGCAAAGAAUCCCGUAUCCCUGUAGCGCCUGCUGGUCAUCGCUGGAAGGAGGUUCGACAUGACAACACUGUGACAUGGCUGGCCAGCUGGACUGAAAACAUCCAGGGCUCCAUUAAAUACAUCAUGCUCAACGCCAACUCCAAGCUCAAGGGGGAGAAGGACUGGGAGAAAUAUGAAGUUGCUCGGAAACUGAAGUCGUGUGUGGACGACAUCCGUAACCAGUACCAACAGGAUUUCAAGUCUAAAGAGAUGGUCAGACGCCAGAGAGCUGUGGCCCUGUACUUCAUAGACAAGCUGGCGCUGAGAGCUGGUAAUGAGAAAGAGGAGGGGGAGACGGCGGACACGGUCGGCUGCUGCUCGCUUCGUGUCGAGCACAUCACCCUACACGACCUACUGGAUGGUAACGAGUUUGUGGUGGAAUUUGACUUUCUGGGUAAAGACUGCAUUCGCUACUACAACAAGGUUCCUGUCAUCAAAAAGGUUUUUAAGAAUCUUAAACUCUUCCUAGAGAACAAGGAGCCUGGAGAUGAGCUGUUUGACCGUCUUAAUACAAGCCUUUUAAACAAACAUCUGAGCUCUCUAAUGCCUGGUCUGACUGCAAAGGUCUUCAGGACGUAUAAUGCCUCCAUCACCCUGCAGCAGCAGCUCAAAGAGCUCACGAACAAGUCUGACAAUGUCGCAGAGAAGCUGCUGUCCUACAACCGGGCCAACAGAGCAGUUGCUAUUCUCUGCAACCACCAGCGGGCGCCACCAAAGACCUUUGAGCAAUCAAUGGCCAACCUUCAGGCCAAGAUUGAUGCCAGAAAGGAACAGCUAGCUUUGGCUCAUACGGAGCUGAAACAGGCCAAGAAGGAAGCCAAGACAAAAGGCAGCUCAGACCCCAAACUACAGGCUUUGGUGGAGCGGAAGAAGGCGGCGGUGAAGCGAUGUGAGGAGCAGCUGCUGAAGAUGGAGGUCCAGGCAACUGACCGAGAGGAGAACAAACAGAUUGCUCUGGGUACCUCAAAGCUCAACUACCUGGACCCACGCAUAACAGUGGCUUGGUGUAAGAACAUGGAGGUGCCCAUUGAAAAAAUCUACAAUAAAACCCAACGGGAGAAGUUUGCCUGGGCCAUCGACAUGACGGAGGCCGACUUCCAGUUCUGACGGACUGAAGCUGUCAAAGAUGCAACCAAGGAGCCCGUCAUGUUACAUAAAGUACAGAAGUUUAAUGUGGCAUUUCUGGGGUUUUCAUAGAUCACUGACAUCGUGUAACAUGAUCAAGCUUUGUAUAAAUGUUAAUUUCUUUUCAUGCUUUUGGCACUCGAUUUGAAAGAUUGCUGUUGGUGGUUCUGUUUGUACUUUUGUUUGCAUUUAACUGAAUAAAGGUUCCUAACUAUG